ACCCUCCAUUCUCACUUGCUUAUUUCCUCUAUAUAAACCCAACCCACCUCCUCUCUCCCCCUCUCACCACUACCCACAACCCCAUUUUCUCAAAAACCUCAACAACAGCAAAAAGGAAAGAGAAUGGCACCCUCAUCAACACUCACCCUUUCCCUCACUCUGCUCCUCCUCGCCAUCUGCGGCGGCCACUGCGCCUCCCCACCUGCCGCCCCUGCCCCGGCGGUGGACUGCUCCUCUUUGAUCCUCAACAUGGCCGACUGCCUGUCGUUUGUUUCCAACGACAGCAAGACCCAGAAGCCUGAAGGGACUUGCUGCACUGGACUCAAGACUGUGCUCAAGGCUGACGCCGCUUGUCUCUGUGAGGCUUUCAAGAGCAGCGCUCAGAUGGGCAUCACUCUCAACAUGACUAAGGCCAUGUCUCUCCCCGCCGCCUGCAAAGUCUCCGCCCCUUCUGCCGCCAACUGUGGAUUAAGUGUUGCUCCUGCUGGUGCUCCUGUUGCAACUCUUUCGCCUCAAUCUGCUCCAACAACUUCAGUUGCUGCUGCACCUGAAUCAGCUGCUGCAGGAGGGAAUGCGGUAACACCUGCAGCAGCUCCAGCUAGCUCUGCUUCUGCUGUGCUUUUCAGUUUGGUUACCCUAUUUCUGGGGCUUCUUGUUGCGUUGAUGCCUUAUUUCUGAGCGAAUGUGGUAUGUAGCACAAUUUUGAGGGCAUAGAGUGAUGACUUGUGAUGUUCAUUUUAGCAUUGCGGAGUCAGUUCUGUUCAGAUUUAUUCUAUUCGGGAUGUUACUGCAGUAGUAGUUUUUAACAUAUGGUCUGUUUGGUCACUGUAGACCUGUUUGAUGGUUGGACAUGGUUUUCUAAUAUGUUAGUGGAUUCUACCUGUUCUUAAAUUUUUGGUCCCUUUUCGAUUGUUAUGAACACAACACUUUACUCAUUCUAGUAUCUCCUUGUAAGUAUUAUGGACCAUAUAUGGUUAUGAUGGUAACAUUCAGCACUUGCAGCCUUUACAAUGACACUAGAGAGGCUUCUCA